AUGUCCUCCCCAGCCCACCCCCUCCUGCCCCCACUCCCCGCCCGCUCAAUAGCCACCUCAUACUUCGUCCCCUCCGUCCAUGAGCAACACACCUUCCACCCCCACCCCGCACUCGCCUCUGCUACCAAGGUCACCCUCCAGAGUGCUGGUGUUGGCCUGUUAGUCAGUGCCGUACAGAAUGCGUUGCAAAAACACAACGCUGGUGCCCUCGGUGUCUUUACCCGAACAGGAAGCACCAUCACCCUCUUCGCUACCAUGGGUUUCUCAUACUCCUACUUUACCUCCUUCACCGCCAACCAGCGCGAAACCGACGACGCCCUCAACGCAGCCGCCGGCGGAUGUGCAGCCGGAUUCAUAGCCGGCGUGCAGCACAAGAGCUUGCCGGUAGCUGUCGGAGCUUGUGCGGGUAUGGCGGCGCUUCUGGGGACUUUUAGUGCUGCUGGUGGGUCGUUCACUGGGGUGGACCGUAAAUGGCUUCCUCGCCCACAAAGAGAAGAGAUCCGGCAAUCAUUCUUCAAAAAGCAGCAGCCUGCUGGUGCUGGUGCCGAUGCCGAGGAGGACGAGGAAUAA